AUGUAUAGAUUAGAUGACGACGUUCUGCCUACCGUAUUAAAGAAUGCUUCUAGUGGUUGUUCUACUGCAGCCGUAGUCCCCCGCCUUCGCGUCCAUCUCCCUUCCGUCGCCAUCGUCUCCGGCCCGCCGUUCCUCUCUCUCUCUCUCCCGAUGGAGCUCGAUCUCGACGAGCUAAAGGCAGUGAGGGUCCUCGGCAGAGGAGCCACCGGCACCGUCUUCCUCGUCGCCGACCGUUCGCGGGGGGUCUCCCAUGCGGUCCCUCACUGCUUCGCUCUCAAGGUCGUCGAGAAGUCUCCCUCGCUGGCCACCGAGCGGCGCGCUCGUUGGGAGGUCUCAGUGCUGUCUCGUCUCUGCCAUCCGUUUCUUCCCACCCUCGUCGGCCGCCUGGAGACCCCCGAUUUUCUAGCCUGGGCCGUUCCCUACUGCUCCGGCGGCGACCUCAAUGCCCUGCGCCAGUCCCAGACCGACGGCGUGUUCUCUAACUCCGCCAUCCGCUUCUACGUAUCGGAGCUCGUUCUCGUCCUCGCCCACCUCCACUCCCUCGGCAUCGUCUACCGGGACCUCAAGCCGGAGAACGUCCUCAUCCAGGACUCGGGCCACAUUACGCUCACCGACUUCGACCUCUCCAGGCAGCUAUCCCCAGCGUCGUCCUCGCCCACCUCCCCCCUCUCGCCCCCUCCCCCGGAGAAGGCCAAGGAGCACCGGCGGCACCGCUGGCGGAUUUUCUCCGGCGGGCUUCUGUUCGACGACCAGAAACUUGACAAGAAGAAGGCCAAGUCCGUCCGGGUGACGCCGGCGAGCAGGAAGGACUCGAGCGUGGAACGGUCCGACUCCUUCGUGGGGACCGAGGAGUACGUCUCGCCGGAAGUAAUCCACGGCGACGGCCACGAGUUCGCGGUGGACUGGUGGGCCCUGGGGAUCUUGACGUAUGAGAUGGCGUAUGGACGGACCCCCUUCCGGGGGCACAACCGGACGGAGACGUUCCUCAACGUGAUAACCCGGGAGCCCGAGUUCGUCGGAAAGCAACCGUCAGAGCUGACGGACCUGAUCGCGCGGCUCCUGGCCAAGGAUCCGGCAAGACGGCUAGGGUUCCACGGUGGCGCCGAGGAGGUGAAGGCCCACACUUUCUUCAACGGGGUGCAGUGGAACUUCCUUCCAGCCGUGAUCCGCCCUCCGUUCCUCGCCGACGACAGCGAGAACCAGACGGCAGCGCUGGAGUGCGGCGGUGGGGGCUUCGACGUGCGGGACUACUACAAGAAGCUCCGGCAGCCGCAGCAGCAAGCGACGGCGCCGGGGUCCCCAUUGAGAGCGUCCACGUCCUGGAGGGAAUUCUGA